GCCCCUUCUCAUACUCUGCACCCCCUCCUGGACCUCAACUCCUUGCCCUGAGUCCCCGCCCACACCCCACACUCUCUCCCGCACCCCAAUCCCCUGCCCUGCAUACAAUUUCCCCACCCAGAUGUGGCCCUCGGGCCAAAAAGUUUGCCCUCCCCUGUGCUAGGCAGUGGGGACUGAGGAGAGUGCAAGGUCUGGGCCAUGGCAGAAUGUGGCUCGAUCAUUUCCACUGAGGCUAUCAUGGCUCUAAUGUAGAAUAAAGAACCAAAAAGGGGACAAGAAAAAUUAAUAUUGGAGCGCUCUUAAAAUGAUGUGAGAAUAACAUCUUUAGUAUAAAUCACCAUCUUCUCCAACAUCCUCUCCAUCAGCCCAGAUGCGUGAGUUUAUUUCCCCAACCAGCAGGUGGAGAGAAGAAAAACCAGAUGUGCGAUGGCGUAACUUCCCUUAUGCGAGGCAUUGGCUAGCUCAAGCAGCUAAGUCAUUUCCAGACCCAAAGUUCCUGAUGGUGCCCUGAAUGGCAGCAUUUAAGCUCCCUUUUUUUGCUGGCCUAACUCUGAAAUAGAUGUGCUGUUGAGUGGAGUUCAGAUGUUGAGUAAAGAAUCAUACAUUUCUAUGAAGAGUGUUAAGAUGUGACUCUGUGCAUGUUUUAAUCUUGUAACUGAAAACGGCUCAUUGACAAGGAGGAAGGAUGGUCCAGUGGUUCGAGUGUUAGCCUAGAUCUUAGGUUGGAUUCCAUGAGGAGGCACAGAGGAUAAAGAAUGACCUGUCGAAGGACAAUCGGAAAGGAUGCUGCUUUCAUGGAGACUACGUUGGAUACGGCUGGCUGACCAACUGCUAAGAGACAGCGUGGGCCAGACAUGACCUCAGCUCUCAAGGCCCUGCCCAACGUCCAUAGAGCCUGCAUGAUCCCAGCCUGUCAGGGCCAAGCAUCUCACCCGCGCAGUAUGUCCCUCUGGGAGCACGGGCUGCACCUCUUCCGCAGCGCCGUGGGUGUCGUCCUGCCGGCCCCCAUGCUGAGAAGGGCCAUGGCGCUCAAAACAGACGGAUGCCCCAGGCUGGUCGUGAGGGACAGGGCUUUCCCUGUGAGGAGGAACCUGUAUCUGGUGGGCUUUGGGAAAGCUGUGCUGGGAAUGGCGGCUGCGGCAGAGGAGAUCCUCGGGGACCACCUAAUUCAGGGGGUUGUCAGUGUCCCCCAUGGCAUCCGGGCAUGUCUGCAGCAGGCGGGAAUGGAGGAGAUGCUGCUGAAGCCUCACAGCAGGAUCCAGGUCAUAGAAGGAGCUAAGCACAACCUCCCUGACAGAGAGGCUUUGAGGGCAGCCAGCGUGAUUCGGGAGCUAGCUGAAGGGCUGACAGCUGAUGACCUCCUCCUUGUGCUGAUCUCAGGAGGCGGAUCGGCCCUACUGCCUGCUCCUACUCCUCCGAUCCUCUUGGAAGAGAAAGAGAAGGUCACCAAGCUUCUGGCUUCCAGAGGAGCUACCAUACAGGAGCUCAACACCAUCCGGAAGGCCCUUUCCUUGUUGAAGGGUGGAGGGUUGGCCCGGGCUGCAUACCCUGCACAGGUGCUAAGCCUCAUCCUCUCUGAUGUCAUUGGCAACCCAGUGGACAUUAUUGCGAGUGGCCCCACUGUCUACAGUUGCCCCAGUGCUCAAGGCUGCCUUCAGAUACUGACAAAAUACAACCUGCUGAGCAUCUUGCCCAGAUCUGUGGAAACAGUGCUGUCCAGUUCCGUCUCAGAUCCCAGUGGUCCGAAAGACUAUUCCCACGUCUACAAUGUUGUCAUUGGCUCAAACAGUUUAGCUUUAGACGAGGCCAAAUGCCAAGCAGAGGAUUUGGGCUACUGGACCCUGAUUCUGAGUGCAGCGGUGUGUGGGGAAGUCAGUAGAGUGGCCAAACUCUACAGCCAGCUGAUUCAAUUUGUUUGCUUGAGCACAGCUGGACUUGGAGAAGGUCCUCUAAGAGACCAGGUGAGAGGAGAUCUUCUAAAGCUGGCAGCAGAGCUAGAGAUCCCAGGUUUGAACCUUGUGGAUCCUUUGAAGGCUUUGCAAGGAUUGGAGUCUGAAAGAUCAGUUUGCCUGCUGGCUGGUGGAGAGACCACUGUCCAGCUUCGAGGAAAUGGGAAGGGUGGGAGGAACCAGGAGUUGGCCUUACAGGUGGCAUUGGAGUUACACCGAGCUAAGGCCACUGGGGCUGGCUACUUCCUUGAGAGAUGUGAAGUCCUGUUCCUCAGUGGUGGGACUGAUGGGCAAGAUGGGCCAACAGAGGCAGCUGGUGCCUUCUCUAGCCAGGAGCUGGUGGACAAGGCUGCUCAGGAAGGUCUCGACGUGGAGACCUUUCUGAGCAACAAUGACUCUUACACAUUCUUCAGUAAGUUCCAAAAUGGACAUCACCUUUUGCUGACUGGUUUAACAGGCACCAAUGUCAUGGACAUCCAGGCUAUUUUAAUUAGGGCUAGAGACAGAUAAGGAGAGCACCUCUACGAACUCCUCAGUUGUUUUUAAUUAGAGGCAUUGGUGAAAAAUGAGGGUACCAAUGUUCUGGACAAAUCCAGACUGCUUAAAUUAGGGACAGCUGGCAAGGGCGCUAAUAUCAUGGCUGUAAAAGCUACAUUAGUGAGGCAUAUGGGUGGGUGACCGUGAGCAUGUUCAAUCUGUUAAUUAGGAUCAGAGAAAGAUAAGAUAGCACCAGCAUUAUGGGCAUUGGGGCUGCAUUAACACCUUCCAGCUGAAGAGCCACUAACAUACUGCAUUUUGGCUGUGGUUACAAAGAAUUCAGGAAUGCGGGGCUGAUGACUGGCAGGCAAAUAAGGCUGGGAUUUAUAAAGGUGUCUUAGGGAGUUUGAGUUCAAGUGGGGUUUUUGGACAUCUGACACCCAGCCUGAAUCUCUAGGUUGCCGUUGUAACUCUUAUUCCAUACAAAGCUAACAAGGUAUAUUAGACUAGUCCAUAGGACCCUAAAUCCAGUGCACUCCAAGUUCAGCGGAGAUGAGCACAUGGCGUAGGUUGAACCUUUGGUCUUGGAUACAUGGCGAAAACACACCGAGCUGUGGCAUUAACAUCAUGUGAAGUGAAGAACGGUGUGAACCAUGAUUCAGAUUCACUGGUGCAAAAACCAUCGGAACACGAGAGCUUCUCCCCCACUAUGUAACCUCCUCUGCCCUGGUGUGGUGACAUUUCUGCCCCAUGGUUGAUGUUUCAUGGGGUAGCGUGCUGUAUUAUGUGUGUGUGCUACAAGCAUUUGGGGUGCUACCACCAAACCGGUCAGAAAGCAAUACAGCCUCCAACCUGAGUCACUGACCUUUUUCCUGGGUAAAGUCAGUAGUCCCUGUCGUGCUGAUUAACUCCUCUAACUCCAUAGAACAAAAGGCCACAAAAUCCGUAAAUCCAACUCUCCUGACCCCUGUUGCUGCACUGAUCAAAGGGCAAAGCAGCUGGGGCUAUUGCUCUGUCAAACAGCAGGUCCCUCCAGCCUCUGGGACAAUGCGGAGCACCAGCUACUUCAGCUUUGUCAUCAAUUAAACUCAGAUCCUGUCUUGUCAUAUUCAGCUCAGUUCCCAGCGUGACACCUGGGGCCAGGUUUUCUAAGGAGCACAGUAAUCAAUGUCUUCGUCUCUUAUGAAGAUCUGGCCGCUUAUUGCGGUGCCUAAAUGGGAGCUGAGCUCGCUUGAAAUUCCAGCCCUGAUUUAAACGGCCACAUUUGAUGCAAACAGUUUGCAGACAGAUGUAGCCGUGCCGUGUGGCUGAUCUAACUUUGCAACGUAAGUACACCAUCCUAUUAAUACCGUAAACAGUGAAGUCAUUGCACAGUCAUGCUCAGCAAGAUUCAAAGAGGGACUGGACAUUUAUGAGGAUAACAAGAAUAUCGAAGAAUAGUUAAUGCUAAUAACGCUUUUGGAGGGGAUAUAAAACCUCAUGCUUUUUGGGUUUAAGUCAAUCCCUAUGCAAUAGAGAUUAGAAUCGGACCUACAUGUUUACUGAGGGGUUUCUUGAGUCUUCCUCUGAGGUAUCUGGGCACUGGUAACUAUUGGAGAUAAGUUCCUGGACUAUAUGGAUCUUGAGUCUGAUCCAGUCUGGCAGAUCCUAUGUUCUGAUGUGUGAUCUUGUGGUUAAGGCAUAGAUUUUGGAACUAGACAAGCUAGAUCCUAUCCCAGCUCUGCUAACACUCCCAGAUAUAAGCUUGGGCAAGUCACUAACAUUCUGAGGCUCAAAUUCUUCUAUAACAUGGGGGUGACCAUCUUUACCUACAUCCCAGGGGUUUUGUGAGGCUAAAUUUGCAAGUGGUUGCAAAGUGCUGUGAAACCCUCUGCUGGAAGGUGCUAGAGACCUAUGACAUAUGGUAAUUUGGAGGCAUGAAUACAAUGUCAGGGUGCAGACUGUGGAGGGAAGUUUGUUCUGUCUUGUGUGUGUGGUUUUUGAAGGUUUCUCAGUGGAGUGGAGAAUGCCAUUUGAAUUUCCCUGUGUGUAUGGUGCCUGCCAUAGUGGGACCCUGAUCUGAUUGGGGUCCCUGUGCAUGACUGCGGUGUAAAUAGCAUGAAUAAACGUAAAGGGAAAAUGAA